AUUUUGAGUUUGAUAGAUUGUUAGACGGAUUCACGGAUUAUAUUUGUGUUUUCCUUCAUGUCUGUUUAUGAGUAAUAAGGAAUUACUCAUUAUAGAGUUCAAUUACGUUUUUCUUAUAUAAACAGUACACAGUAUUUCUUGUUUUAUCAACCUCUGUGUUAUAUCUCAUCAGAAUCCCUAAGCGUUGUAUAAAACGAGAACCAUGGACCAUGAAGCUUUCAUGGAUGCAGAGCCUUUUAUGCACCGAUAUGGGGAUAGUUCUAAUUCUAGUUCCAGCUCCAUUUCAGAAGAAGUAAGACCUCAGGGUCCUAUUGGAUUUGUAUCAGCGGCAUUUAAAUGUAUGACUAGUAAUGCCACUAAGCUCUGUGUUCAUGAUGCACUAGUCAAGCUAAACGGGACUGGGGACUAUGAUAUUGGAGGCACUUAUGCAGAUGACGAUCCAGAGUUCUGGUUCUUCUAUACCGUGUCUGUGUGCCACGGAGACAACCGUCUACUGAAUUUAUUUGUGUGCCAUAGGAAAACUGGAACGUUUUCCAUAGAAGUAGCAAGCUCAAGUGACUUGACACAAAAAGUAGCUCCGGGUGAUGAUGUUCCCUAUUUAUUACUGCCUCCAGAUAUGGUCAAAUUCAAUUUCAAGUCUAUAAAACCAAACCAAAACUAUUUUAUCAAAACUUUCUGUUUCAAAAAAUUAGAUCGAUUCAACAAAUCCUGCACUUUAUUCAUACCAAUAAAAAUAACUGUGAACCCAAAGUUUGAACUAAACAGUGACAUUGUAAAAGCUAUCAAACUACAACAUGAUUUAAGUGGACUUUUAACAAAGCAGGAAACAACAGAUUAUAUACUUGAAUCUGCUUCUCGAAAACAGUUCCCCACACACAAGAUACUGCUGGCUGCUCACAGCCCUGUGCUUAUGAGAAUGAUCAAGGAAUCUGAUGUCCCCUCACUGUUUAUUGAUAUAACUGAUAAAGAUAUGGAGCUGCUUUUAGAGUUUAUAUAUACAGGAACAAUAAAAAAUAUAUUGGAAGAAGACUGUGUGAAGCUCCUGCAGAUAGCUGAUAGGUUUGAGUUGACUCAACUGUUUACCUUAACUCAGCAUGUGAUCGGUGACCAAAUCAAUCCAGACAAUGCAAUACCGAUGGCAAUAGUUGCCAAGAAAUUUAAAUUACAAGAUUUACUGAAACGAGUUUAUACUUACAUUGCGAAGAAUCCAAAAGUGUUAGAGUCUGAAGGAUGGAAGAAUCUACAGGAUGUCGAUCUGGCUAAAGAUUUGUUCCAGUUCUCUCGUACCAUGAUUCAGUCAGUCAUAGAAAAAUGUCGUGUGUGCUCCUCUAAUUUGGAAAGAAAUUAAUUGGAUGUUAUAUAAUGUGAAUGAAAAGGAAUGAUAUUGGACAUGGUAAAGGUCUGUGAUAAUAGUUGGAGCAUAUUUAAAAAAUGUGAGAAGCUAAGUAAUCAUCCUAAUAUAAGAUACUAAUAUUGGCACAAAUGCCUUUGAUAAUUCUUUUAUUAUUUAUAAUUUUAUUUUUUUAUUUUGAAUGUAUUAAAUAUCUUUGAAAUA